UACAGCAACAAAGCGGAGGAGUUUUCGUUGUGCUGGUGUUUUCGAACAACGAUCUGCAGCUCGCGCUACUUCAUACCGAUAACCCCGCUGUAUUUAUGUACUGUUGCAGUAUUACAACGCAAGCAACGCAAAAAUGCUUUUUUUCAUUCUUUGGCCGUUCAUCUGUGCUUUUCUGGCUGUACCAAAGAAAUCCGUGGCUUCCAUAAACGUUGCAGUUAAACCGCUAAGGGACGCAGCACAGCCUGUCUACUUUCCGAUUGAUGCUUCUGUAUCCAUAACGGCUGUAGGUGGUCGGCCGGAAAUUGUGAUGGAGACAGUAGACGAGUCAGUCAUAUUUCUGGAGGCAAAUGCAACUUCUAAAGAUGAUUCAGUUGUUAACGGAGAUGUUUCAGCCGGGAAACGCGUUAACGUCCGAGCUUUGGUUGGAGGUACACACUAUUUAAUCCACGCGAAGCUGUCACAGAACAGACAGAAUAUCGUGCGUUCCUAUGAAACAAUGACCUAUCCUUUUCCUCCGGUUGAUAUUUCUACCAGCGAAAACAUGACAACCACGGAGAGCAUCAUGUUGGGAUGGUCCACACCAUUUAACACUCGCAUUCAAGGCUACCAGAUUCUGUAUCAAGGCUACGAUGUCGGUGGCAUCCCGGCUCCACUGGAUCUGAAAAUGAUCAACGUUUCCAACGCGGUCGCUACGAGCUUCAAUGUGACAGGAUUAGAACCAAGCAAAACGUAUUCAUUCCGAAUGAGAAGUUUUGUGGAAAAUGUUUCAAGUGUGGAGACUCCAGCUUCCUUGUACUGCACCCGCCCACUCCAACCCAGCUUCACGGUGGAACCUUUGCCGGGCAAGCUAAUGUUGCAACUUCAGAGACCGUCUAAUAGCACAAAAUAUUUCCGGGUGAAGCUUCUGAACCUGGAUGUCAAAGAUCAUCCAGUGCGCGAAAUCAUCAUUCUCAGUGACUCAAUGGUUGUCAACCGUUCCAUUGACAUUGAGUAUGAGGGAGCGACGUACGAAGUUCGUGUGGCUGCCGUUGCUUGCGACCUCUUCAGCGAGGAAGUGUCGCAGAUUGUCCAUUCGCUGCCACCAGCUGUAACGUUUUACUGGCCUCCCGUCGGAUGUACCCCAACCUCCAUCAGAUUUGUUGUUAGCGACGACUGGAAAUUCAAACGUGGCCUUUUCACACGAUUCGUAUUCGCGACGCAAGGAAUUCCACCCAAAUAUAUUUUGCCGAAAGAUUAUGACAGGCGUGUUGUGGAGUUAACUGGUCUCAUUCCUGGGACAAUUCAUGAAAUCCUCGGAUGGACGGAACAAGGGGAUGUGCAGAGUGAAAAGCGGUCUAUGACAGUGCAGUUAAAGCCAAACAAUGUUGUCGUGCUUCAUGUUACCAAUACCACCAGCAACGGUAUUAAUUUUUCUUGGGAGCCCCGCGUCGGGUUGCUCGAAGACUAUUCGUUUGGUCACAACCAACCGUUUGGCAAAGAAGUACAAGCGCAUCCAGGCUCUUGCUUUCCGGUGCGGCAUACUAAAUAAACGUACUGCAGUGGUUGGUACCCAAUAUAUUCCACGUUUGAUAAAAUGUUGUGAAACCCUGAAAGUUCGUGACAUCCAGAGCUAGAAUACUGCAGUUCUAAACAUAUUUCGAUUAGUUUUAUAUACCAAAAUCACGGAUACCGGCAUCAUUUUUGCUGUUUCGAGAUAUAACCUUUGUCGCCAGUAGUGUGGGCAUCGAGCACCGUGUUUGGUAGCAGACCAGCAUGAU